AUGGCCGACUCCGAACACUCUUCUUCCGAUGACUCUUUCUCGGACUCUCAAGCUACAGAGAAAAGCAGACAAGAACCUGAGCUUCAAUUCUCCGAGGACGAGGAAGCACUUAUUAUAAGAAUGUACAAUCUAGUGGGAGAGAGGUGGGCUUUGAUUGCUGGGAGGAUUCCCGGAAGAACAGCAGAAGAAAUUGAGAAGUACUGGUCCUCUACAAACUCGACAAGUCAAUAA